CACAUUGGGCGCAGAGGCUGCUGGGAAGAAAGGUCAAGAAUCGACGGCUAUGGACGACACUGAUUUACUGCAGCAACAAAGAUCAUCGCUCUGUAAAACUAACCAAUGGUACUGGAAAAACUGCUUUACUGUUUGAAAUGAGACGUGUGCGCUUUGCUGCUAACAGUAUAAUACAUAUUGUUAUAAACUAUCGUCCGUUUUUUGUGGUUCAUUCGGGCUAGCUGCCGUUAGCAUGCUAGCAGCCGCAUUGUUAUUGUUUUCGCUUCAUUAGCGGCUAUAAAAACACUGUUCCCGAGGUUCCCCAGCCGAGGCAGGGGUCCGGACUGCCUGAGUGAUGUUUUUCUGUCCGUCCCGGGAAGAUGGAUGAGAAGUCCAGUAACAGCAGCCACCACCGGCUCCUGAUCGUCCUGCUCAUGGUGUUGCUCUUUGGCGUCAUUAUGGUCCAGUAUGUGUGUCCCAGCAGAUCUGAGUGCCAGAUGCUCCACCAGCUGGGGUCCUGGUUUAAGGACGGCGGUGCAACUGGUUCCCGGAGCGGUGGCAGUGACAGCCAGGACGGCCUGCAGAAAGAUCCGUACAUCGCAGAGGACGGCGCUCUGGUCCGCUUUGUCCCCCGUUUCAAUUUCACCAGAGCAGAUUUAAACCGUGUGGUGGACUUCAACAUCAAAGGAGAUGAUGUGAUAGUUUUUCUGCACAUUCAGAAAACCGGCGGCACGACGUUUGGGCGACACCUGGUGAGAAACAUUCAGCUGGAGAGGCCCUGCGAGUGUCACGCAGGUCAGAAGAAAUGCACCUGUUACCGGCCAGGUAAAAAGGAAACCUGGCUGUUCUCCCGGUUCUCCACCGGCUGGAGCUGCGGGCUUCAUGCGGACUGGACUGAGCUGACCAGCUGCGUCCCGACACGCAUGGACUCACGAGAGGCUCCGGAGAACCUGCCCAGCAGGAACUAUUAUUAUAUAACCAUCUUAAGAGACCCAGUAUCACGCUACCUGAGCGAGUGGCGUCACGUGCAGCGCGGUGCUACAUGGAGGGCCUCCUUACACGUGUGCGAUGGACGUUCACCAACGCUGUCUGAGCUGCCGAGCUGUUACUCAGGGGACGACUGGUCAGGCUGCUCCCUGCAGGAGUUCAUGGACUGCCCCUACAAUCUGGCCAACAACCGGCAGACCCGCAUGCUGGCCGAUCUCAGCCUGGUGGGUUGCUACAACGUCUCCACCAUGAGCGAGGAGGAGCGCUGGGCAGUGCUGCUGGAGAGCGCCAAGCGUAACCUGCGCGGCAUGGCCUUCUUUGGGCUGACUGAGUACCAGCGGAAGACCCAGUAUCUGUUUGAGCGCACCUUCAACCUGGAGUUCAUCGCGCCCUUCACACAGCUCAAUGGCACACGCGCCUCCAGCGUCGAGGUCCCUCCAGAGACACAAUACAGAAUCCUGCAGCUGAACCGAUGGGACGUAGAGCUGUAUGAGUACGCCCGUGACCUUUUCUUGCAGCGUUUCCAGGUGGCGAGGCAGCAGGAGCGCAGGCAGGCCAGGGCAAGGCGGCAGCAGGAGAGGAGGCGGCUCCGUGGAAGGCUCACAACAAAGCAAGGGAGGCAGCUGAAGCCCACAGAAACACCCCGUCAGCCUGUGAGCCAACCCGUAGUGACUGAGGAGCAGCUGAAGGUUAAAGCUGGAGGAGACAGCGUGGAGUCAGAAGUGCUGCUCCCAGACUGGUGGGAUCUGGAUGAGAACGGCACCAUCGAGGAUUACACGGACAAUGUGGAGCAGUGGUAGUGACAGGAACAAGCAGUAGGGUGUCUUAAUACUAAAGCUGGGCUGCACCAACAAGGAUCAAUUUAAUCUAAGAUUAGCACUCAUCAGAGUUUAGUAAAACAAGGUUUGAAAUGAGUAAAUCCAGAUUUAAAGUUAAGUAGAGCUCUGUUGCACCAUUAAAAAUUAAUCUCAGUUUAGUAAAGCCGAGUGUAUUUAUUUAAACCGAAUUGAAACUGAGUUUAAUGAAUAGGGUCAAGCAUCAUAUCAAAAUUAAAAUAAUACAUAAAUACAGACAUAAUUAGCAUGCUGUUAGUAGAGUCUAUAAAGUGCCCGAGGGAUGACGUUUUUCUGUCCGCCAACCUGGAAGCUAAAGUCACCCUGGUUCCCUCGUUUAAAAAGCCGAUGGGAUUUUUCCAUUGGAUUUUGGAUUAUUGCAGAAAAUAAGCACUUUGGUUAACAAACUUUUGUGAUACUUACACGUUUUCUUCAGCAAGAUAAUCUCCACAUAUGAACACCACUUUCAGGAUUUUUGAAGCCUAAAUGUAAUUACCAGAAGUAAAAAGCUAAUGCUAUGCAAUGUAACAAUAAACGUUACACUUUUGCUAGGUAGCUAAAAAGUUUCAAUCUUAACAGUACUCACGAUGACAGUUGGCCCAAUCUUCCUGUUAAGCUCCGAAACCGGUAUCUUGACAAAAAUUGAUCAACAUUAUGAAAGUCAGGUAGGUUGAGUACGUCUCAACUUUCUUCAAGGAAGUUGAUUAUUUUGCUCAAUCCAUCUCAAAAAGAGAGCCGUUGUAAAAGUUUAACCUCCUCAACUUUAGGUUGAAAGUUAACCCUGGAUCACAGUUUAAAGUUUUGGUGCCACAGAAUUAAAUUUAAUCCAGGUUCAGAGUGAAAAUUGAACAGAUUUAAAAGAGAGGUUCAAAUUUAAUCUGUCUUUAUUUUAAUAUACUUCUAAAGUUUGGUGCAACAUAAUUUAAACUUAAACCAUGAUUUAAUCAGGUUUAAAAGUUAAUCCUUGUUGGUUCAGCAGCUUUUAAGUGUGCCAAGUUCUGCCUUGUCUGUUGUUAAUCAAAGGUAUUUUUUAGGAUAUGCCUUCCACUAAAAUGUCUUUUUCUCUCACCAUGGACAACUGACACUAUUUAUUUAUGGAUACUGACUGUAAUUAUUUGCCACAACUGACAUUAAUAAUAGAUAGAUUUCAUGAUACAAAGAAAGGCGGUCUAGGUACCUACAAUCCUUUACCUUUCAUUGAUCUCCUGGCGUUUAAACACAUCUGAACUGUUGUGAAGUAGCUUUGAAUGAGGGAGUGUUUAUUUUGUCUAUUUUGUCUUUGUUUAAAAAAAAACAAUGUAAUACUUUGUUUCUAUAUAUAAUAUGCUACCAUUUGUGAUUUACAAUCUGUAUGUUUGCCAAAAUGUUGUCUCAUUUUAAAAUGCACCUGUUUUUAAGUGUCUUUUAAGAAAUAGAAAAGGAGAAUUUUCAUAGAUACCUCAUUGUGUAGCAUUAACUGCUAAUGUUGUAAAAUUACUGAAUGUGUCCCAAGUCUCAUUUUUUUUUAUAUAAAAAGGAUUUUACAUUCA